AUGUCAUCGCCCAACCUCUUCAAAGUCUGCCGCCAUGUCUCUCCCGAUUGUCCCGUUGAAAGCUCAAUCUAUGGCUACUACCCAAGUUUGGGUGGCAACGCAUUCUUCCUGGCUUGGUUUGCAGCCAUGCUGGUUGUCAACACCCUUCUCGGUAUCAAAUUCAAACGCUGGGCGUAUAUGACGGCAGUAUCCUUGGGUUGCAUCUCCGAGGUCAUCGGCUACGCCGGCCGGGUCAUCCUUCACAAGAAUCCGUACAGCAAGGCGGGAUUCGACAUGCAAAUUGUUUGUCUGGUCAUUGCCCCUGCCUUCUUUGCAGCGGGCAUCUACUUGAUGCUCAAGCACUUGACGUUGUUCUUCGGACCAUCCGACUCGCCCAUCAACCCACGGCUCUACACCUGGAUUUUCAUCAGCUGCGACGUCGUAUCGCUCAUACUCCAGGGAGCUGGAGGGGGCAUCUCAGCCACAGCAGACUCCUAUGCGACGCAACGCAGCGGAAACAACGUCGCUCUUGCCGGCAUCGUCUUUCAGGUCUUUACUCUCCUGGUCUUUGCUGGCAUGGCGGGACUAUACUGUUAUCGACGCCAGCAACGGCUGAAAGGGCAUUCGAAACAUGAGGAAGAUGCUGAUGCGCCCGAAACGACUCGCAACGUCCAGGUCUAUAUCUUCAGUCUGAUAUUUGCGUACCUCUGCAUUCUGACGAGGUGUAGUUAUCGAAUCGCCGAAAUGGCAGGUGGCUGGCGCAAUCCGAUCAUGCUGAGUGAGACUUACUUCAUGGUGUGUGACGGUGCGAUGAUCGCUUUGUCAACCGCAACAAUGAUCUUUUGCCAUCCAGGACUGUACUUCGCCUAG